UUCGUGUAGUUGGUGUGCAUCUGCUUGUGUGUAUGUGUGUGAGUGUGCGUGUGUGCGUGUCUGAAUGCGAACAAGUUGAUAUUAUUUUUAAUUUUACCAACAUCUUUCAAUUAGGACGUUGGAAAAUAAGUCGGGCCUGCGUUGAGUGAGACAUCUCUGAGAGCCGUAAGACAGAAAAGAAGACUUCACGCAGACACUAAUGAACUCGAAAAUACCAAGUUUGCUACGUACAGUCUUUGGAAACAGCCCGCAUCUACGCAGUUUAACCAAUUCCGAUAUUUCGUUGUUUUUUUUUCCCCCCCGACACUAGCUAACUCUGCAGCUGCUCACCGUAUUGUUAUUUUUUGUGGUUGGCAGUUUGCAGCUAACAAAGUCAUAGUCUCGUGUGCCUUUUUUUUUUCAUUGUUAUUAUUUUUAAUGCACAAAAUCGUUAAUGUUAGCUAAUGAAGUUGUAGUCACCGUCACAGACACAUUAACGGUUACAAAACUAGUAAGGGUUAAGCCAUAAAACUACAAAAAAAAAAAAAAAAUGUUAAAGACUCUGACGAAGAAGCUAAGAAGACACUCACUAAAUGAAAUACAUCCCUUUCAACUCAAGAUUUCUUAUCAUGGCAGUGGAGAGGGAGGGGAGAGUGAUGACUCAGAAGGGGAGAACCAGGAGCUUGCACAGAUUGACAGAGAGAGACGGAGAAAUUGUGCCCUCACCCCCUUGGCCACCAGCCAGCAACACAAUCAAGGUCCCCUCUCUCCAGCACGGUUACGACGCCUUCGCCUCCUUCUAGAUGCCAAUCUGGAUCGCCACUCAUCAGAGGAAGAGCUUGAGAGAAUCAGCUGCGGUGACAACAGGAAGUGGGUGUCUGCAUUUCCCCAGCGCCAUAGUGAUCACCACAGCAGUGCCUCCAGUGACGAGGAGGUGCGGGACCUCUGUGGCUGCGGGUCACCGGCUGCCUCUAACAGGCCAUUGGUCGAGUCGGGUGCCUGCUUGGCCGCCUCCCCCAGCCCUGUUCUUUUCAGUUCCAGCCCACCACGAAGUCUCAAGCCACCGUCCAUGCGUUUUCAGCUCCAAGUGGUGCAGCCAGUGACACGGCCAAUCAUUCUUACCCACUUUGACCAAUCAGCACCUUACCGGAAGUAUCGGCACAGCUAUGGAGGGGAGCCUGGGAGGCCCAGUCUGGACUUAGAGAAAAUGCAACAGAAAAUGCUGCUGAAGAAGAACUGUGGAGGGAAAACACGGACUAUAAAGAUUCGGAAUUUGACUGGCAGCCGUCCUCCGCCCAGGUACACCUACGAUCCCUCCAUCUUCGCAUUCCGAUCUUUGAGCACAGUGCCCCCAUGCAGCCCCCUGAACCCGACUGAGGAACCGACCUGCUCCUAAGGAAAUUCAUUCACAGCCACAUAAUUCUGCACCCCACCCCCUUCAUUCCCAGACAGCUGCUUUCUUUCUCUCUUUCUUUUUUUUUUGUGGCUUCUGCAGCGAGACCAAGGAGCGACUGUAAUGAGACUGACAGCUAGAAAGACGAUGUAAAAGGUGUUUGACGGUCGAACUGUUGCACUCAGGUAACCCACCCUCUUAUAAACGCUGUCACUUUGAUCAUUACUGUCCAACAGUACGUUUUUAAAGGAUAUUUCAGGUAUUGCAUGUGUAUAGCUGUCUGAAAAGAUCCUGUCUUUGGAAGAGAAAUGAUCAAGACAUCAAUGCGGACUGUGGCCCAGAGGUUCUACAAAGGGACAAGGCAAUCGGUUUAGGACGGAAAACCUGUAUCUAAGUCUGAGUCGGACCAUUUUCAAGGGAAAUAUUGCAUGUAAGACAAUCAAUGGGUUCCGAGGUUUCUUCCUUCGAUAUGAUUACUGGACACCUUGUAAGGUUCGGGGUAACUUCAUAUACUUAACAUGGCAAAGUGAGUCAUCUACUAUCUUGUUAUUGAAAAUAGACAGUGGUCACGUUGGUCUGUUUGAAAAAUGACGUCUUUGGAUAUGAAUAUGCAGGUCAUGAUGAGCUAUAACAAACUGUAUGACUGUAGUUAAAAUAGUCAACUUUUGAUGAUUAAUGUUUCUUAAUGACUUUGUCACUUUUAGUCCAGGUCAAAGUUAAGUACAUGUAUCCUCUUUCCUUGCAUGAAUUCCACUGUUUUGCAGAAGGAGAGGUAUGUCGAAAUGAGAAAGUAUGACAUAGUUUGCUGCACAUUUGGCAAGUGUAAUCGGUGCUGUGUUCUGCAUAGCCUACUUGUAGUGUGCCAUUCCCCUCCAGAAUAUUGUGCGUCAUUACUUUCUAGGUAGAAGAGGACCACUGGUACAUGAAAAACAGCCCAGUGUUUUCUGACAGUCUCUUAAUGCCUUGAAAUGACAUUCCUGUUGUAUUGAAUGAAACAUGAGCUAGAUUUCAGCUCAGCUUGAAAUGAGCUGAUAAUUAACAAAACAACGUCACCACUGUUAACUACAAUUUUGCCGAAGUGAAUGUAACAUUGUGACAUGUUGUCCAUUGUUGCUCAAAAGUGAAUCAAUAAACGCCCUGUGGCCUCUUGUUUAGGA